AUGAGAGGCGGACGAGGCAAAAGAGCGAGGGUCUCUAAAGUGCUACAAGUUGACCCAGUCGCCGCUUCAGAUAUGCAGUUUGGUAGAGGUUCACAGUGUGUAGAAAUCGCGGCUUCAUCCACUGGCGGAGACGCAUACAAACAGUCUUCUAGUGGUCCACAGUCUGUUGAAACAGCGGCAAGGACGCAGGAGCGUCGCCAAAGGUUUCCGAUACAUGCAAGGGCAACUCAUGUCAAACGAGGAUUGAAGUACAAGAUUGAAAACAUCGGUAAAAUACUCAGAGAAAAUAACCUCUCCAAAUUGCUCAACAAGAAACAGCAAAUCAUCGGAAGAAUGAAAUGUGAGGAGUUGAAUAGAACAAAAGUCGCAAGAGCAGCAGUAACAGAUGCUGGUGGAUGGUGCCCGAUAGCCUCAAGAACGAAACAUUCCGGAUUUGACAAACAGCUUGCAAUAACUUUAGCCAAGUUUUUUGAAGGAAAUUACAUUGCAAGUUUUGGUGACGGUCCAGGUAAAUUCAAAGAAGCUGUACUUGAAACAGGGCUCGUGAGAGCAUACGAUGCAUAUGAUGGCGCACCAUUUUGUGAGGUUACAAGCAACGGUCUCGUGCAAUUUCUUGAUCUUUCUAUUCCGCAAUUUGGUUUACCAGUUUACGAUUGGAUAUUGUGUCUUGAAGUAGCCGAACAUGUACCCAAAGCCUUUGAGGAAGUAUUACUAGGUAACUUAGUUCGACAUGCGCGAAAAGGUGUGAUUCUUAGCUGGGCAAGGCUAGACCAACCGGGUUAUUCUCAUGUCAACAAUCGAUCUCCGGAAUAUGUAAUAUCUUGCAUGGAUAAGCUUGACUUUGAGAUUCAUAGAGAGUUUACGAAUCAAAUCAGAAAUGGAACGACAAUAUAUUAUCUUAAAAGUAAUUUAAGGUAG